CCAGGCGGCGGCGGGCGCGGUCAGGCGAGCUUCCCGGCUGUGGCUAGCGGGAGCGAGCAUGGCGGGCUGGUGGCGGGUGCUGCAGCGCGCGGGCCAGCGCUACCCGUGGCCCACCAACGUCCUCCUCUACACUGGACUCUACUCCGCCGGCGACGCGCUGCAGCAGCGGCUGCGGGACUGCCCCGCGGACUGGCGCCAGACGCGGCACGUGGCCACAGUGGCCUUGACCUUCCACGCCAACUUCAACUACGUGUGGCUGCGCCUACUGGAGCGCGCGCUGCCCGGCCGCGCGCCACGCGCCGUUCUGGCCAAGGUGCUGUGCGACCAGGCGGUCGGCGGGCCCAUCGCGCUGUCGGCCUUCUACGUCGGUAUGAACAUUCUCCAGGGGAAAGAAGAUAUAUUUUUGGAUCUGAAACAGAAAUUCUGGAAUACAUACAAGACUGCUCUGAUGUACUGGCCUUUUGUACAGCUGACCAACUUCAGCCUUGUUCCUGUUCACUGGAGAACAGCUUACACCGGACUCUGUGGUUUUCUUUGGGCCACCUUCAUUUGCUUUUCUCAGCAGAGUGGUGAUGGCACAUUGAAGUCAGCUUUCACCUUCCUUCAUAUGAAGGAGGCCAGUGCGGUUGAAAGGCCCCCAGAGAAAUGAGAAGUCAAGGACUCUCCUAAAGUGACUAAAUUUUGUCCUAAAAUGCACUGGAUUGCCUGCAGAGAAAAUACUUAACGGUUAUGUGCUUCAUUUUGAAGAAUUACAAUAGUAUUCUAUGGACUCACUUGUUUUUUAAUUAUCAGUGAUUAUUUUGAAUUGUAGUCAAGCUUGUUUUUCCUCUCAUUCUGUUUUGAAAAUCUUACUUCUGUAAUGUUUUCACUUCUCUGUUAUUUUGGUUAAUAUCAAUAACAGUGACAAAAAUAGCCACUGUUUUAGAGUUAUUAAAUAUUUUAGAGUUAAUUAUAUUUUUAUUUGAAUAUUUUAAAUAUUCAAAAAUCAGGAAUAUUUGUCAGGAAUCCCAAUUUUGAUUGUUUACAUCUCUAUUCUAAAAUCUCAGGUUAUCUCCUAAACAUUUUUGAGUCAGUUUAUCUUUUAUACCAAAAACAGCCCUUAUGGUAAAUUUCUGUUUACACAGAAUUCAAUCAAGGAAAAUAUUGAUAACCAGAUUCUUCCCCUCAAAAUACUAUAUAAUAAUUUAUUGUUAUGCUGAUACUAAAAUUCUACAAAUACAUUUUUUACCAUCAAAAAAAUAGUGUUCUGUUAAGAAUGUAUUUUAUCUAGUUUUACAAUUUCUAAUUUAAGUACUUUUAAAUUAUUGUAUUUUAGUUUUGAGCAUGUUGACCGAAGCACCCCAUUUCCUAGACAUAUGAAAUAAAAUUUUUGGCUUCUUUUUUUUUGAGGCAGAGUCUCACU